AUGCUCUGCACAGGGGACACGGGGAGUCCCAACCGCGCGAGGCCGCAGCUGUGGGCCGCCCUCCACUCAACACAGGAACCCCGAACCCCUGCUGUGCUUCCCGGAGCGCCAGGGGGGAGCUGGGGACGACCGGGACCCGGUCCUGCCCUCCCCGUAUUGCACAACGCCGGGGCCUCUCCCCGGACUAGGAGGAGCGGUGCUUUCCCUCCUCCGUCAGCGCAGCCGAAGCCCUCCGCGAAGAGGCCACGGCCGGUCCGGCCGCAGGUCCAGGUCCUUACCCAGGGCCCGCAGCUGCGGCUUCCCGCGCCGCACCCAGCGCCAGAGCGCCCGCACCGGCCUCCCCGGCGGGGUGCGAGGAGAACCGGAGGGAUCGAUCCGGUCCCAGACAGAGCCCGAACUCGAGGGACGACCUGGGGUGCUGGGCUGCACCUUGGUCGCCCCGGCACCCGCUGUCGUCCCUGCCCAGGGCCUGCAGGGCGCAGCCCGAGGAUCCGCCUACCGCAAACAUUUCCCCCGGGCGAGGCGGUGGGUGCGAGGGAGCCGGUGCUCAGGCACGUGAGGGCAAGGGAUGGAGGACGGGACAAGAGCAAGCGGGACAUUGCGUCCUCCUCCCGGAGCGCCGGACCCGAACCCGCUCGCCACAAGCCGCCAGAACCGCGCUCACCUGGACGUCCCUGCGCCCCGCGCCUAGGGCCCCCAGCUCCCGCGCGCACCUGCGUACGCAGCGGCCCGCCCCUCCCGCGCGCCUCGCACA